CCGUCGCCAUGGCGAGAGGAAGGCCUAAAUCACACGUCCCGCCCUGUCAGUUCUGUGGAAAAGAUUUCCGACGGUUGGAGCACCUGCAGCGACAUGAACGGACCCACACCCAGGAGAAGCCGUUUACAUGUCCUUGUGGUCGGUCUUUUUCCAGGCAGGACCUCCUCAGUCGCCAUGUCCGACUGUCACGUUGUGAUUCCAGGGUAGAAGCGCCCGCAGGGAGGCUGGCCUCGAAUCCACAAUCUAGCUCUUUUUCGACCAGUCAACUACACCCCGGCCAGUCAAUCCUACACGCAUCCGCCAGCCUCGGAACUCAGGGCAUCUCCGCACCGGUCUUGCCCUCUCCGACGCAGUUACCAGACUGUAGUCCUCAAGUGUUCGACAGAUCACACCCGCUCCCCACUAUCGAUCAAUACGCUCCGGUGGGCCUGUCGGGGGUGCCUCUCGGUCCAGACCUCCUAUGUGAUAACUUUGCGUUUUCGUUCCCCGACUUCAUCCCCUCGCAGUUCUUAGACACAGACAUCUCCCUCUCCCAUCUCCUGGAGCAGUUUCCCGCACAGAGGCAACCAGACCCUCAGCCCCUAUGGCAGCCUCCAACGCCAGCCGGACCGCAUGGGCCCAGUCGCUUCGAGGACGAGGUAGCGGACUAUCCUGGGUAUCUCGUUGCCCCGCAGAACCAAACGCAACGGCGGAUACCGUCUAUGGACGACCAGCUUCACAAGACCGGACUCGAGGCACAACUUGACACCGCCGGGUGCGCGUGGGCAGUGUCCGCUCAAGCCUACAAAAGAAUCAUGGAAAAGGUCGCUGAAAAGAAGUCAGCUUUGGUAGACUUUUCGCUACCAUCCCGGUGUGCCCUCGUCCGCUAUCUAGAAGGCUACUUCCGAGGAUUCCAUGACCAUCUGCCGUUCCUCCAUGUUCCCACAUUCCGCCCGGAGGCCAUUGAGCUGGAGCUGCUCCUGUCGCUGGCAGCAGUUGGUGCGUUGCAGCGUUUCGAGCACCACAAGGGCCACCAGUUAUGGAUUGCUGCACGGUCGCUGAUGGACCACAAUGCCCACGAUCGCCGUCGGACUCUGGUCGGUCAACUAGCACGCCGGUCACCCCCAUCUGUGAAGUCUGCCUCUCGUUAUUCCGGAAACUCGCACGAACCUGGCACCCCUGCUAAAAGUCCUGCCGUUGACCGGGAGGCUACCGUCCAGCUGCAACGCACACAGGCCCUGAUCGUGCUCAUGGCAAUGAGUGCCUGGAGUGAUGAAGUCCUAGUGCCGGACAGCCUGGCAAUGAGCAGUCAGCUGGCGGCCCUCGUGCGGGGACUGGGGAUCCAGGAGACGGAUCAUUGCGACCGGGGGAAUCUGAGCUGGCUGGAGUGGGUAGCACACCAACAGCGACGGCGCACCUUGCUGGUGGCAUACAUCCUGUUCAACCUCCACUCGAUUUAUUUUAAUGUCCCGCCGCAGAUCCUGACGAGCGAAGUCGCUCUCUGCCUGCCAUCCUGCGAGGCGGAAUGGAAGGCCGCUUCAUCCGCCGCGUGGGAGCGUCAUUGCGCCGUGUCCAACCUGCAAGAACGCCCAUUCACAGCCACCCUCAACAAACUCUUCCACGGACAAGACAUUACGACCGACGGCCUCAUCGCACCGUUUUCCAACUACCUCCUCAUCCACGGUCUGGUCCAGCGCAUCUACUUUGAACGUCAAGCCGGGUCCUCGAUACGGCCUCCGGUGCUGGAAACCAUCGAAACGGCCCUCAAGUGCUGGCAGUGCUCGUGGGAAGCGACCUGGGAAUCCACCCUGGAUCCGUACUCGCCGAAAGGGCCCCUCGGAUUCAACGCCACCGCGCUGCUUCGACUAGCUUACAUCCGACUGAACUGCCACUCGGGGCUCUGCCACGAACUCCUCUCCAGCGACUCCACCCGCAUCGCUUCCCUUAUCCGGGACGCCCCUCUGGACCAGCUCACCCGUUCGCCGUCCCUCGACCGCGCCAUCCUACAAUGCAUCCACGCCCUCAGCAUCCCGGUGCGCGUGGGGAUUCCGUAUGUUGCCCGGACCCAAACCCUCCACUGGAGCGUGCAGCACUCGAUCUGCCACAUCGAAUGUGCCUUUCUCCUCAUGCGGUGGAUGCAGACGCUUUCGACUGCCGUGGCAGCGGGAGGGAUGGGGUGUCUCCGCGCCGACGAGCAGAAACUGCUCACGAUGGCGCGGUAUUUAGUGCAAGAGACGCACCUCCAGGACGAAUUGGAGGCGGGUGCCAACGAGGCGGAGAAUAUCAUGCGGUUGGCGGCGACGACGGCGCGACUGUGGGCAGAGAUCUCGAGUGGGAUUCAUGUGUUUGAUAUAGUGAGACGGAUUGGGGAUGCACUGGGGGCGAUUGCGGAUGUGUUGGAUACUUGAUCAUCAU